GUGAAAUAUUCCGAUUGAGGAAAGAGGCGCAUAGUAGUUAACUGGAAGAAUGGCCGGCAUAACAGCCGCGCCGGCGACUGGGUUAUACACGAAUGAAGCCCAAAUCGGCGCUGGAACUGCCCUCCAGAUCACCGCCUUAACACAGCGGGAUUUGAAUAACUUCCGAAUUUCAGCCGUAAUCGAUCGUUUGAGCAUGCACUUUUCCAGCAACAACAAAAACGACAAAGAGUUCGAUAAUCUCUGCCUCUCUCUGUCCAGAGGGAUUGAUUUUUGCAUAGCAAACAAUUAUGUUCCAAUCAAAUCAUCCGCGUUACCUUCUCUUAUAAAGCAGAUGGGCCAAAUUAAAAAUGAUGCCACAACGCAAGCAGCUAUUAUGGUUCUGAUGAUUUCUGUUAAGAGUGCUUGUCAGAAUGGGUGGUUUCCUGAUCAAGACUCUGCAGAGCUCCGCAAUCUGGAAAAAGAGGUUGCAAGAAAUUUUUGCAGUGCAUUAGAUUUCAGCGCUGACCCCAACCCUUCUCACCCAGUUAUCUCAACAGUUAUGUCAAGAUUCUAUCCAAGAUUGAGAAUGGGUCAUAUAUUUGUUUUUCUUGAAAUAAAGCCUGGAUUUGAGGCUUAUGUCAGUGACUUCCAGAUAUCAAAGAGAAAGUGUGCCCCAGGAGAUAGGAUUAGGUUGUUAGUCGUCCAAACGGAUAAUAUUGACACACCUUCCUGCCUUGUUACUCCCGCCAAAGUAAACUUUCUCUUGAACGGAAAGGGAGUGGAAAGGAGGACUAAUCUUUUUGUGGAUACAGGCCCUCAAGUUCCAACAGUUGUGACACCUUUGCUAAAGUAUGGAUCUAAUCUGCUUCAAGCUGUGGGUGAAUUUAAUGGAAAUUAUAUAAUAAUAGUUGCAUUCAUGAGUGAAGUGCCAAACCUUGAUAGUAACACUCUCCAGGACUGCGAGCAGUAUGCUCCUGCAACUGUGGAUGCAGUUUCCUUUUUGCUCUAUGUAGAUUCUGAGGUAAUUGAAGGGUCAUCACGGAUAUCACUGAAUUGUCCUAUUAGCUUUGCACGUAUUAAAAUUCCAGUAAAAGGGAUUUCAUGCAAGCAUAUUCAGUGUUUUGAUUUUGACAACUAUGUGGACAUGAACUCAAGAAGGCCGUCAUGGCGCUGCCCCCAUUGUAAUCAGCAUGUGUGCUUCUCUGAUAUACGCAUUGAUCAAAAAAUGGUUAAGAUUUUGAAAGAGGUCAGACCCAAUGUCUCCGACAUAAUUGUCUCCUCAGAUGGGUCAUGGAAUGCUGCGGUGGGGAGUGAAGAAACAACAGAGAAAUCAGAGGAUAAAACCUUAAAUACAGGACGGGACGAGUCUCCACAACCUGAAGAAAUACUAGAUCUUACUCUGACUGAUGACCCGAUGGAUGUUUUUGAUGCUUCUGGAAGUGAAGACAGAAAACAUUUUUCAAUGGCUAAUGCUCAUUCUACAUCAAUCAACCCUCAUCUGGCCAGCGCAAAUGAUGCCAAUCAAAGCAGGACCCACACUGAGAGUGACGACUUCUGGUCUGGGGUGCAUAGGUCAAGUUUUGGUCAGGGUACAUUAGAUGUUCGAUCAAAUGCACAGACUGUCAGUCCCUCUGCAUCCACUUCAAAUCUAGCCAAUGUUGGGGCUUUCCAUCAUAAUGCUGUUGCUACAACUUCUGCACCACAGAUUGGAACUCCUAUGCCCCAAUAUCAGCAGUAUCAACUUGGGAACUCCCCUGUUAUUAGCGACUAUGGUAGGCCCUCAGCAGUAAACCGGCAUAUAACUAGAACGGCUAGUGCAGUUCAGGGUCUUCCUGCCAUAUCUUCUACUCCCAUCCUGCAACGGAGUUCUUCGGCAAAUGCAGCGAGCAGCCCCUUAACACCAAAUGGUCUUUCUGCAGCUUCACAAGCCUCACUUGCUACAUCUAACUUGACAUCAAAUCAUGCCAGUUCACAUCAGGUGCCACCAGGCUCAUAUUCAUCUACAUUGCCCCAGUAUCCCAGCACACAGCAAAAUCGUCCGUUCCCCUUUGCUCAAUCAUCUCCGCAGAAUACUGGUUUCCUGGACCCGAAUCAGGUGCCCAAUAUGUAUACAGUUUCAAAUGAACACCAAAGUUUUAGUCAGCCGACAAAUUUCAGGAUUCCUCGAUCAAUGAGUAACUUUUCAUCUACGCUCCAGCCAUCCGUGCAACCUUCAACCAAUGUAAUGCGUCACCAGAGCCAUGCAGGAGUAGCUAGCACCCAACAUCUUAAUGUGCCUAGAACAGGUGUAGCUAGUAAUAGCACCCAACAAGCUCAAUGGCGUUCAACCGCAAAUAGAACUGCACAGAUGUCUGUUGGUGCAUCACGAGCUGUCCCUUCGAACUCCAGUUCGCAUAAUAUCCCUACUCCGAUAGCUGAUCAAAGGGUCAGCGACAGGGCUAUACCUCCACCACAGCCAGUCACAACUAUUCAAGAUUCUGUAGAUCCAAAUUGGCGACCUCCUGGCCGGAUGCGUGGAGCAUUAUUAGGGCAGGCUUAUGAGGAUGCCAUGAACCAGUACAUCAUACAGCCCACUCAGCAAGCUCAAGCCCGACCAAUCUCAAAUCCCAUGGCUCUUCCAAACAUCCGGUCAACUUUACCAGCCUUUAUGGGUGGUGGAAAUGCUCAGGGUUCACGUGCUCCAAACUCGACCUCUGCAGCUCCUUCUGGAAGACCGGCAGGGACAGACAUUUUGCCCAGUGGCUCAACAAAGAUGCACUGACUUUGACAUAAGGGUAGGUUGUGUGUUUGAAACCUCCCCUCUAAUUCUCUAAAUAUUAUUUACAUAUAUGGAGCAACAUUUAGUAUGCGAUGAAGUUUGCUGGAUGUGGCUGUGGAGGUUUUCUUGUGCACUAACUAACAUGCUCAAAUUUAACGGAAAAUUGCUAGACUGAUGCUUGUUUUCCUAAUUUCUGCACAGUAAAAUAUUUUCAUCCGUGUCUUA